ACCUUGAACUAAUCAAAUCAAAUAAAUUUUAAAAAAAAAAAAAAGAAAGAAAGAAAAUCUGUGUCUCAACGACAUGCAACGUUCAUCCACAGCUCGAUACGUAUGCAAGCAGAUCCUUCGCAACCAAACUCAAAUCAAAACAAACCUUCAUCAGCGGCCACCGUGUGAUGUGUUCAUCAACCACCGGGGAAUUGACACAAAAAGAAAUGUUGCCGGGCUGCUUUACAAUCACCUCCGGUGGCUCGGCUUCAGGCCUUUCUUGGACAGCAAAAACAUGAAACCUGGGGACAAAUUGUUCGAUAAUAUUAACGUGGCAAUACAUAAAUGUAAGGUUGGGGUUGCUGUGUUUUCUCCCCAAUAUUGUAACUCUUAUUUUUGUCUGCAUGAAUUGGCCCUUAUGAUGGAGUGCAAGAAGAAGGUUAUACCAAUUUUUUGUGACGUAAAACCUUCUGAACUUCGGGUUAAAGAUGAUGGAAUUUGUCCAACUGAGGAUUUGGACAAGUUUCAUCUAGCCCUUGAAGAGGCAAAGCACACCGUCGGAUUAACAUUCGAUACUUUGAGAGGGGAUUGGCCGGAAUUUCUUGACAGUGCUUCGGAUGCAGUCAUCAAGAAUUUGCUUGAAUUAGAGAAGGAGAAAUAUUUAUUGAAGAAUAAGAACAAGAAAAAUUAUUAUAUUGAGUUACUUUAUGCCGCCGACUAUGAAAAGGCGACAUACACAGUCACCAAACUAAGAUAA